CAACGGAAUCCAGGAAGGACUUGGACGGGCUGUCCAACAGUGUCCGAGACCCCACGUCGGCCGUACGGCCCCUCUCUCGCUGAAAUAUCAUUCCGGUUUCCUCCCUGUCAUUCACGGACAAUCCAGCUCGCGCCCGGCAGCACAAGGCCGGGGGCGGGGGAGAACCAACUGACCUCUCGCGUCACAACAUCCCGUGCGACGGUACCCAGGAAUAGACAAGAUCUGACCCAAACGUGUUACGCAUUGCAUACAUCCUCAGGACGUCUUUCUUUUUCUUCCCUUGUUCGUCUUACCUCUCUCCCCACGGGACGUGCCCAGGCCCCGCCGCGCAGUGCGAGGGUGAGCCGAGGAUCGUGUCACCCUCUAUCCCGUACCUCAGCCCAAGGUCUGCAUACAUGAUUGAAGCACGAUUACCACACAUGGCAACACCAUGGGUCCUGCUGAACGACCCCGUCCGAGGCUGUCCUUCGUGGCACCGCGUCUCCUGGCUUCGGCUCGGCUUGCGGCCUCCACUGGCUGCGAGAUUUGUCGGGCCGCGCGAUCGCUAAGCCCAGCUCGUGGCAUUGGUCUACAACCUGUCGUACUCGGAGGCGGGCGGGGAGGCGCGAGUACCGUAUAUGAUGACUCUGCAAUGACCUGCCUCGAAUCUCUUGUGGCUUGGUCCGACGGCCGCGAGACACCUAUGAUGGCCUAUCUAACAGCACACCACGAGCCUUUCUCUUGGGACAUGCAUGUCUUCUGAGACCUUUCACCAGUCUGCGAUGGAAAGAAGACGCGAAGCAUGGCGUGAGAGGCGGAUUCCUGGAACGGACCUGCGCGACAGCAAAUUUGACUCCAUUACACAAACUUUUGCACAUGACCUUCACAACAGAUUCUUGCGCACCCUCAAGGGACCUUUCAAUGCUCUCUCAAGACUCUGGCGAUAGGUACAGGAUACUGUCUAAUGCUUAUGUCGGCCAAGAUGCCUUGUGGUGAUACCCUUUUACGAGUUCGUGUUGGUCGUAGCUGUGUUCCUCGUGCUUCUAAAUAGUCACUCGAGGCUGAACAGAUCGUCUGCGUAAACUCGUGUUGGAAACUUGCUCUCUUGCUGAAUCGGAAACGGAACAAUAGUUUUCAUGCCAUGUUUCCUUGAGCUACACAGAGACAGCGGGCUCUUUUGAAGCCGAACGGCUGCUUGCGUUUACC